CGGCGCAUGGAAUCUUAUGGGAGUUGCAGUCAACUUGAUCAAUCCGCUAGACAACUGCAACUACUGCUGAGCCAGUAACCAGCUAAAACUAGAGCGCCCCUUGCUUGGGCUCGCGGCACUAUAAGUACCCAUGCAAACUUCCACGUACCAUAUUCAUCUCAGCAUCCACUUUACAAGUUUACAACACACACCAACAAUGGCUGGUACCAAACUUGUAGCACUUGGUUUCGUUGCCCUGCUAGUAGUUGGACUAUCCAAUGCUGCACGGGUAGCUAGAUUGUCUAGCGCAGAGGGGCAAGGUCAGGGAGGGGGAGUGGGAGGUGGAACCGGAACCGGUGCCGGGGCAGGGUCUGGGGGUGGCGAUGGGUCGGCUGGCAGUAGCGUUAGUACGUCUGGGUCGUCGGAUCAUGCCCGGGCUAGUUCCGGUGGUGGCGGUAGUGGUGGCGGUGGUGGCGGUAGUGGUGGCAGUGGGUAUGGCUCUGGGUCAGGGUCAGGAUCUAGCUCAAGUACUAGCCGUGGUGCCGGAAGAGCAUGGAUUGGCGGUGGGCGCACUGACGCCGGAGGUGCCGGCGGUGGUGGGGGCGCCGGAAGAGGAGACGGUGACCAAGGUUCUAGUGGCCAUGGCGAUGGCUCUGGCUUUGGGAGCGGCUCCAGCAAGGUGGACAGUGAAGGCUAUUAUGGGGCAACUGGCUAUGCUAACGGUGGCGGCAAUGGUGAUGGUGGAGGUCAUGGCGAAGGUGGUGGAUACGGUAAUGGUGGAGGGAAUGGGUCAGGUUAUGGCAACGGUGAAUUCCCUUAAAUUACUUCACAGAUCAGCAAACUAAACAUGGAGCCCGUAGCAGUCUGGUGAUUUGUCUUUUUUUUUGUUGUCUGGUGAUUUGUCUUAGUAUGGGACGUAAUGUACGUCUCGUUUUCCACAAAUCAGCAUCAUUUAUCUUUGUGUAUUGUGCAAUAAGGAAUAAUGCUCUAUCCUUGCUGAACGUGGUUACAUUUAGAAGUUACGCAUGCAACUUAUGAGAAGAUAGAACUAUGUGUUGUACUUCAUCCCUAAAAUAUAAGAUGUGUUUUGACCUGUUAAGACUAGACUUGUUAAUAUGUACCAAAAAUAAUAAGUCCAUUUCAAAUUAUAAGACCAUUUUUUAUACUAUCAUAGUGCCAAAAAUAAUCUUACAUUUUAGGACGGAGGGAGUAUUUUAUAGGAUACAUCAUGGAUGCAUUAGAUUCGUAUUAAAGAAAUAAAUUUUUUUUUUUGAAUGUUGGCAUAAGAUUUGCCAAAUUCAUUGAUCAGGAAGGGGAGCCAAGUACAAAAGGACCCAAGGGGCAAGCACCAGAAACAAGGCAACUAGGUGCAAAACAAGAAAAGAAAGGCAAAGGGACUCAGCCCGGAUCAAAAGGAAUGCCGGCUCCGG